UUGUUUUUUUUUUUUUUUAAUUUUUUAUUGUGGGUUGUUCAAAACAUUACAAAUUUCUUGACAUAUCAUAUUCCACACUUUGAUUCAAGUGGGUUAUGAACUCCCACCUUCACCCCAUACACAGAUUGCAGAUUCACAUCAGUUCUGUCAUGGGAUUUUAAAGCUACCUGAAAUCUUCUUUCCCACUCAUUGCAUUGGUAAAUCCAAUUCAUCUUGCAAGUCUCAUUUUCAAGAGCCAUGCUCUGAUCCCUAAUCUAAGUUUGGCCCUCUUUCCAUGUAUUCUUUCUCUUGAUACUCAAUGCUUUGCAUUUAGAGCCCUUCCCAUACUUUGCAGUUAUAUAUGUGUAUGUUGAUUAGUUUCAGUUCUGACCUCAGUAGAUAAUAAAGGCCACAAGAGUAUGAUCAUGUCUGUUUUCUUCUCCAAUAUAUGCUCUAUUCUGAGUUUUUACCUAGCACAUACUCAGAAACUGCUUCAGUGAAUAAAGUUGAAUUGGCAAGAUAGGAUUGUAUCAGGCAAACAAUGUAUAUUUGUACCCCAUUCUUUUUAUGUUGAAUCUUUAGGCCUGGUGCAGGCUUUUUAUGUUGGCAAUGGGAAUGAUUUUCUCCUACUUCCCACAGAAUGGCAGGUCAAGUGGCAUGGAGACCAUAUAUGACAACUGGUGCCUGAUUAGGCAUGUAUGCUAAUACGUGAAUGAUUUCUAUUUUUGCCUUACAGAAAGAAAAAUAAUACAAAGUAGUUAGGUACUUUUUCAUUCUACUCAUACAUAGGAAAAACUCAAGGUGUUUAAAAAACAAAUAGCUCUUAGAUGUUUAUUGCUUUCUAGUGUACUCACAUUGGGGUGUGUGUGUGUGUGUGUGUGUGUGUGUAUCUAGGAUCUAUAUAUGUGUAUAUAUAUCUUGACUCAUUGCUUAGCAGCUUUCUGGCCAACAGGAGUUGAGUAUGCAGUGCUCUAAUAUAAACCCCUGGAUUGGCUAACUGUCUCUGAUGUCAUAAUUUCCCCAUUAAGAAGUCAUAAUUUUCUUGAAAUCACAUUGUACUAAUAGCACCUCUUGUUAUGUUGUUACAUUAUAAGAAAGAUAAUCUACCAGAAAUAAAAAUUCUGGAAGCAGCAAGAUAUCUCUGUUCCUCACAGACCUUUUCCAUUUGUGUGCUUUAGAAAUCUAUUGCCAACACUUGAAGCUAGCUUCUUUACUUUCUUUUACAACUGAUGUUAUUUUGUUUUCUGCGUUUGUCAGUUAAUAGGCAAAUGGAGGAAUGAGCCCAGUUAGAAUUACUCCUUCAACUCAUAGGUCUGUUUCAUCUCGACUGUGGAGGCUUAGCAUCUUUCUACUACUUAGCCUUCCUGACUCAAAAGGAAAAGCAAUAUGGACAGCUCAUCUGAACAUAACAUUUCAGGUGGGAAAUCAGAUUAUAUCAGAACUAGGAGAGAGUGGAGUGUUUGGGAAUCAUUCUCCUCUGGAAAGGGUGUCUGGUGUAGUGGUACUUCCUGAAGGAUGGAAUCAGAAUGCUUGUAAUCCAUUGACCAACUUCAGCAGGCCAGAACAGGCAGACUCUUGGCUGGCCCUCAUUGAACCGGGAGGCUGUACUUUUACACAUAAAAUCAACGUGGCAGCAGAAAAGGGAGCAAAUGGGGUGAUCAUCUAUAACUAUCCAGGUACGGGCAACAAAGUGUUUCCUAUGUCUCACCAGGGAACAGAAAACAUAGUUGCAGUGAUGAUAGGCAAUCUAAAAGGCAUGGAACUUUUGCACUUGAUUCAGAAAGGAGUCUAUGUGACCAUCAUCAUUGAAGUGGGGAGAAUGCACAUGCCAUGGCUAAGCCACUAUGUCAUGUCUCUGUUUACCUUCCUGGCAGCCACAAUUGCCUACCUUUUCUUGUACUGUGACUGGAGACCUAGAGCACCCAAUUCUUCUACCACAAGACGAAGACAGAUAAAGGCUGAUGUGAAGAAAGCUAUUGGUCAGCUUCAACUUCGGGUGCUCAAAGAAGGGGAUAAGGAGCUAGAUCCAAAUGAGGACAACUGCGUUGUUUGUUUUGACAUAUACAAACCUCAAGAUGUAGUACGUAUUUUAACUUGCAAGCAUUUUUUCCAUAAGACAUGCAUUGACCCCUGGCUUUUAGCCCAUAGGACAUGCCCCAUGUGCAAAUGUGACAUUCUGAAAACUUAGAAACCUAGAGCAUCUUCUGAAGAUAUAGCCAGAUCUUUUCAAACAUUAUGAUUAGAUGGAUUCUCUUACUGCACUUUAUUUAUAGAGAAAAUUUCAACUUCAUCUUCUCUUCUCAAAUACUAAUGAGGGUGAAAUUCAUGUGUUUUAAAAAUAAAACUCCAUAUCAUGCCCACCUAUUUGAACUGUUGUCUUUCUAAUCAGUUCUAAUUGGUAUACAUUUUUACCCUUAUCCAAAUAAGGACAUUAGUAUAUGUUGAAAACAAUAUUAACCUUUAUUUUCAAAUUACUGUGACAUUGGUGCAAUGGGGAAUUAGCUCUACCAUUUUGUAGUUUCCCUUUUUAAAGUUAAUUUUUUGUGUUUUGUUUCUAUAUUUUGUUUCAUUUUGUUCUGUAAUAAUUUAUAAUCUCUGCUUAGUAAACUACAUUAGAGGAUUAGAUCUUGCUUUAAUUUGCCAUGGUUAAUUAAGUUUAUUAAUACUUAGGAAACGUGGUUUCCAAAGCUACUGGCUGUGUGGGUAAUAUAUUCAAAAUGAUUAUUUUAGAUGAUAGUACUUAGGGUUAUGUAACUAAAAGUUUUAAAUUGUUACAAGCCCUAUUUAGUGAAGCAUUGCAAAAAUUCACCUCUGUUUGCUGGAGCUCUUUGAAUUCUAGCAUAGUCAAUCAUCUUUGGUAGUAGAUUGCCUUAUGAAAGUAUCUCUUGUGGGUGCUUGUUCUUCUCUAAAUGGUAGUAAAUCUCUCUGAGUAUUUUGUUCACAAAGAAAAGCCAAAAUUUUGUUCAGUUGCCUUUCCAUAUUGUAUCUUUUGCCUCAUUUUGCCUCUUCCUCUUUUCUAAUCACGUGAGCAUCUAUGCGACAAUGUGAAGUUGGAAGAUUGGGUUUUGUUUUCGUGAAAAUCUGUUUGGAUCAUGUGCUAAACCUUUGAUGUCUGACUUAGAUGACAUUUUGUGAGUCCACACAAGAUUUGGACAUGAUACUGUGCCACACUUUUAUUUUUUAUGUUUUUUUAAGGGAUUUGUGUGGAAACUAAAUCAGAUUAACGGCCUCAGAGAAAGUGAACCUCUGUGAACUGAAGAUUUCCCAUCAGUGUUAUUUGCUGUUUAUGCCACCUGUUGUCAGGCCCAUAGAGCCCUUUGCUCUUCUUUCCUGCCUCAAGUUACCAUGUUGUCGACUCAUAUUUCACAAGAAGCUAUAACACUCUCAGCCCUGGUGAAGCCUAUCUAGAGGCCAGAAACAUUUAUCUUCAAGGUAAAAAUCCUUGGGUCUAGUUUCCUAGCUGCUGAAAAAAGAACCACCACGGUACACCACUCCCCAAAAUGUGUGUUGGAAGGAACUUGGCUGCUGGAGUUUGUCAAUUUGCAUGUCAUUGCUUAGUUUUAAAGUCAUGUUGUGUCCACUGAUAUGCAAAUGGCAAAAAGCUAGGCA